GUCGGUCGGUGGUGGUCACAUAUCUCGCAGUCAUGCAUAUAGCUGAUUAUUAGUUGAAAUUCUCCAUGGGUAUCCAACCCUCUCGCCUACUUUUUUCGGUGGUGGUGGUGCUGCUGCUGGUGAAUCUCUCUCUUCUUCUAUCCGAUCAGAUCAUCGCAGGCAACUGAAAGGCAGGCCAUUCUUCCGUCCAUUCCAUUUGCCCACAGGGAAAGAAAGACAGACACCUGACCUGAGUCCUGAGUCAGAAAAAAAAAUCAGAAAUCUUCCAUUAUUCUUUCUGGAACAUAUUCGGCGAGAUUUUGGUUUCCUCUCCCUGUGCCAUUUGUCCACUCUUUUUAGGCUGGAGGGUAGUUUUGUCAGAUUACUGCGCUUAUUCAGUCAGUCGGUUUCGAUCAGUUGGGCUCUCUGUUUUCAGCUCUUUUUCUCCAUUCUCGUCGUCUCCUUCCUGCAGAGGAAACAACAGGAGAUAGCCAUUGGCAGCUUUGUCUACAUAUAAUCGAGCUUUUAUAUAAAAUACAACCGUACAAUGAAUAACGGCCAAGCAACUGGGAAAGGGCUUAGUCCCGAUGAGCAACGAGAGCUGCGAGAAGCCUUCGCUAAUAUUGAUACAAGCAAGCGUGGAUUUUUGGAUUGCGGUGAACUGAAAGACGCUCUGGAUCUAGUUGGAUGCAAGUUACCACAGUGGCAACUUCGCCGCGUUCUUGAAGAUGUGGAUACUGGAAAGACGACCCAGUUUAACAAAUUGUCAUUUAAUGAUUUCGAAAAGGUUUACCUCAACCUGAAAAAGCGAGAUGUAGCUACAACUUUUAAACAAGCAGUAUCGCGAAAAGAAAAUCUUCAAACCAUUGGUGGCAUGUCCGACGCUUCCAGUGAAGGUACAACCCAUUCAGUUAGGAUCGAGGAACAAAUGGCGUUUUCUCACUGGAUAAAUGAACACUUGGCGUAUGAUGCCGACUUAAAACAUCUGCUCCCUCUUGACUUUGAAGGGAAAAAUUUGUAUGAUAAAGUAAAGGACGGAAUUCUGUUAUGCAAAAUCAUCAACCAUUCAUGUCCCGAUACAAUUGAUGAAAGAGCCAUCAACAAGAAAAAUCUAACUCUAUACACAAGGCUGGAAAAUUUGACAUUAGCCCUGAACUCUGCGCGUUCCAUUGGCUGUAAUAUCGUCAACAUUGACGCUAACGACUUGCUCGUAGGCAAGCCCCAUUUGGUUCUUGGAUUGUUGUGGCAGAUAAUUCGAAUCUUUUUGUUUCGCCAAAUUACCCUCGAGCAUUGUCCUGGUCUUGCAAAUUUAUUGAUGGACGGCGAAAAGAUUGAGGAAUUAAUGCGAUUACAACCAGAAGCCAUUCUUCUGAGAUGGGUUAAUUAUCACAUGGAACGUGCAGGUGUUACGAAACGGUGUAACAACUUCAGCGGGGACAUUCAGGACUCGGAAGUAUACAUUCAUCUACUUAACCAAAUUGCACCUAAAGAUAUUGGAGUAUCGACUGUUGCGCUUAUGGAGCACGAUUUGAUGAAACGAGCUGAAUUAAUGCUCUCUGAGGCAGAGAAGUUGAGCUGCAGAUCUUUCGUUACUGCCUCGGAUAUCGUAAAGGGUGUUAGUAAACUGAAUUUGGCGUUUGUGGCUAACCUCUUUAACAAUCAUCCCCAGUUGGAUAAGCCGGAAGGUGUGGACUUGGAUCAAUUUCUGGAAAAUAUAGAAGAAACCAGAGAGGAAAAAACUUACCGUAAUUGGAUGAAUAGUCUUGGUGUUUCACCCCAUGUCAAUUGGCUGUAUUCUGAUCUGGCUGACGGCCUGGUCAUUUUUCAAUUGUAUGAUGUCAUUAAACCUGGGAUUGUGGAUUGGAAAAAAGUUCACAAGAAGUUUUCGAAACUCCGCAAGUUCAUGGAAAAGUUGGAGAAUUGUAAUUACGCCGUUGAACUGGGAAAACAAUUAAAGUUUUCCUUAGUGGGUAUUGCAGGACAGGAUAUUUCGGAUUGUAAUCCUACCUUAACCCUGGCCUUGAUUUGGCAGUUGAUGAGAGCAUAUACUCUUUCUGUGUUGAGCCAACUUGCCAGUAGUGGCGAUCCAAUAGUUGAAAGUGCCAUAAUUGAUUGGGCUAAUGCAAAAUUGGAGUCUGCUGGUAAGACGUCCAGAAUCAAAAACUUCCAAGAUUCUUCAAUCCGUCAAAGCAUCGUAAUUCUCGAUUUGAUCGACGCAAUUAAACCCGGUAUCAUCAAUUACGAGUUAGUGAGCACGGAAGGAACAGAGGAGGAUAAUAUGGCAAAUGCAAAGUAUGCUGUGUCGAUGGCCAGAAAAGUCGGUGCUCGGGUUUACGCUCUUCCAGAAGACAUCGCCGAACUAAAGAGCAAAAUGGUGAUGACCCUUUUCGCCUGCCUCAUGGCCUGCGAAACAAACAUCCAACCAUUUUAAACAAUUUUAUUUAGUUAGCUGUAGUAUCGUUUCUCACACCUUCUUUUAAAAUGUAUAACUUUUUCAAGCUCAGUUUGACACCGUGCAUUAUCAAACUCUGCUCACAAAUAUAACACAGUACUAAAAAAACAAUUAUCAUUUUAUUAAUCAACAUUCCAAAAACAUAAUAGUGUAUCUAUUUUCUGGAUCCAAAUGUAAAUUUUACGGUGUUAUUAGGGAAUUACGUAUAUAUAUUUUCUUAAAAAAAUUGUUCGUAACUUGUAAAUAAAGCGUGGCUCACAAUGUUCUAACUCAAUAAUAAAGCCCAUUUUGUAGAAUAACUAAAA